UUUGCCGAACCCACUAGACUGUUCUGUAUACAGGUCACGCACAGAGGUCACGCACAGAGGUCGCAUGCAUCUUCUCCUCGCUGUGACUGUGUGGGGGUCUCAUCGCCAGACCAGACGAGAGCAACAAUCAGCUGAUCUCUCACAGCUGAGCGCUCACAGCUGAGCUUUGGUGGCGUCUCUGAAAAACGAAGUGAGGACACGUAAACACGUCCUGAACGUCAUCUUGAGACAUCUUGAGUGAAACCUGUUAUUGCUUUAGAGACAAAAGAAACACUGACAUGGCCCCCACACUGUACGACAAGAAACCAGAGAUAGGUGACUUGAUUGAGAUCUUCCGUGGGUCGUAUCAGCACUGGGCUGUGUAUGUUGGCGAUGGGUUUGUUGUUCACCUGGCACCCUCCUCUGAGGUCCCUAACGCAGGUGCCAGCAGCAUGAUGUCCGUUCUAACGGAGAAUGCGAUGGUGAAGAAACAGGAGCUGUGGGCUGUGGUGGGAACCAACAAGUGGAAAAUCAACAACAGCCUCGAUGAUAAGUACGAACCUCGCCCUGUUCACAUCAUUGUGAGGGAGGCCUCGGCCCUUGUGGGCGCUGAACUGCCGUACUGCGUCUUCAGGGGAAACUGUGAGCACUUUGCAACUGAACUGCGGUACGGAAAGGCCGAGUCCCGGCAGGUUCGUAAAGCAGGUGAAACAGUCAUGGUUGCAGGCCUGACUGCAGCUGCUAUUUUUGGCUUCGUUGCUCUGGCUGGAGCUUUCUUUGGAGAGAGCAAAGAAGAGAAGAAGAACAAGCAGUGAUUCAAGUCCCACAUGCCUAAUGAGAGGCUUUAUUAAAAGAUCACCAGCAGAGCCUAACUGAUACUUAUGUUUGGAAAAAGAAAAGGUCUUCAUUUGAGCAAGCAUCUUUAACUAUGUGAGGAAUUUGGGUGUCUUGCAUCAACAACUUACGUAAAUCACCUUCUGUCCUUUCUUCCUUUCUUCGCCUUGAAUAACAUUUAAGACUGGUUGGUUUAGGAUUAAUGCACAGUAUUUUUCAGCUUUUUUAGAUCUUCUAAACACAGCACAACAAAAAGUAUUGGUAUUUCCACUCAUUUAGGUGCCAAAGUAAAGUAGGUUUAAAUAUUUCAAUAACAAUAUUUGGGGGGUUUGAACAUGACAUAUCUUUUGGAUUGUAGAACAUUUGAGGGUCACACGCCUCAGCGCUUUUAUAUUUACUAAUGAAAUAGUUUGUUGGUGGUUGUGGAGGAAUGUUUGUUACUUAACACUAAUAGAAAUGUCUCUGUAAUCUUAAUAAUGAUUACAGAGACACAUCAGAAGUACGACAUAUUAUUUAUUGCACACUUGUGAACUGAGUCAUUAUUUAUUUUCAUUGAUCUCAUCUGCAUUGUUCUUAUGAAAUGUUGAGUUGACAGUGUAAUUGCAAUUUAUAAAAAUGUAGUCUCUCUGACUUUUAAUUGUUUUUCAAUAAAGACGUAUUAAUUAUGA